AUGCCCGCUCAAUUAACGGUCGCAGUUGGGGCUCGAUUCAUGCUGCGGAGAAACAUGAGUAUUAGAGAUCGUUUGGUGAAUGGAGCAACUGGACAUAUCACUGAGUUGAAGAUGAAAGACGAAAAGGUAGAAUACAUAUUUGUUCAGUUUGGCGGAACAACUGUUUCUGUGCCCAUCCGGAUAAUGGCUGCUCCAUUUCUCCACAGAGAUACCGUUAUGAUCCGAGAGCAGUUUCCUCUGGUUAUUGCCUAUGGUGCCACUAUUCACAAAUCCCAAGGACUCACUUUGAGAAAUGUUGUCGUUCGUUCUCGAAACAUUUUCCAAGCUGGAAUGUUCUAUGUAGCUGUUAGUCGUGUCACCUCUUUGAAAGGACUUCAUUUGGCUGGAUUGCAUACAAACAAGAUAAUUUUCGAUGAAGAUGCAUCAAAAGAAGCGAACAGGCUCCGUUCAACUCUGAAUCCUCCAUUGUCGCCAUUACAAUGUGGAGUAAAUCCGAAGAAGAAUAUGUCGGAUUACUACGAAGCAGCCAAUGAUUCCAAACAAGCAGCAUAG